CCUACAUAAAAGCUCUUCUUCUAUGCUACACUUUCGCUGCUAGUUUAGUAGAGAGCAUCGGAGAUUCGCCGAAAAUGGAGUCCUGUUGGCCGGAACACUUGCCUUCCGAUCGGAAAAAGGCGAUCGAUGAGCUGAUGAAAGGUCGCGAAUUUGCUAAGCAGCUUAAAGUUGUCCUUUGUGAUUCCAUUGGAGAAGAUGGAUCUAUGCCUGCUGAAGAUCUUGUCGUGAAGAUCUUGAAUUCUUUCACGAGUAGUCUUUCUAUAUUGAAUAGAGCUGAGACUGAUGAGGUCUCACAAUUUCCGGCGAGUACUCACGUAGGUUCGCCUUGUUGGGAUGGCCGGAAAUCUGAAGAUUCCGGCGAGAGUAGCAAAAGUACUUCCACGAGGAAGGAUCGGAGAGGAUGCUAUAAGAGGAGAAGGACUUCCCACUCAUGGAUAAAAAACAGUCCUGAACUAGUGGAUGACGGCCAUGCAUGGAGAAAAUAUGGACAGAAAGUGAUCCUGAAUGCUAAAUAUCCACGGAACUACUUUAGGUGCACUCACAAAUUUGAACAGGGUUGCCAAGCAACGAAGCAAGUUCAAAGAACUGAAGAGGAACCUCCUAUGUACCGAACAACCUACUAUGGCCACCAUACAUGCAAGAACUUGCUCAAGGCUUCUCACCUUUUCUUGGAUGCUCCUGAUGCUACCGAUUCUUCUAUGCUACUAAGCUUUGGCAAUGGCCGCCACCACCACCUCACAAACAAACAAGAUACCCCUUUUUUCUCAUCCUUCCAGUCAGUAAAACAGGAGAACAAUAACGAAUUGCCAAAUGAUCAUGAUCAUCAUCUUACCCACAACCAGUCAUCUUCCUCCGAUUAUCUUCUCUCUCCUGAAGAUCAUUUGUCAACUUUGGAUCCAGCGGAUGUGAUUUCUGGGGUUAACUCGUCUUGCACCACUAGCACUACUACCCAUCGCAGUUUGGACCUUGACAUGAUUGUGACAUCAGUGGAUAAUCACUUUGAUGAUGAUGAUGUUUUGGAAUUGGAAUACUUUGAUUAUACAGAAUAAUUUCCAUGUAGAAAUAGUUUUAGUUAAGUUAAUUACUUUCUUAAUUAGAUACAGGUGCGUGCCUAAUUGUUGUAAAUUAAAUCCUCUUUUAAGUGUGACAGAGAACCUUGUUCUUGUUCAAUGCAUAUUAGUUAAGUUGCA